CGAACGUCCGCACCAGAGUCGGGCGCAGGCCGAGCGGCGCGGGCCAAUCAGCGGCGGCGGCUCGCGGCCCCCGAACGUUGGACACCAGCCCCGCCCCGCGCCGUUGUUUGUGGUGUCGGCGGCCGCGGGAGCCGGACCGGGACACUCGCCGGGCGGGCGGCGUGCGGCGGGCGGCGAGGGUCCGGAGGCCGCGGGCGGGCGGCGGCGAGCGCGAGCCGAGGGCGGCCGGCCUCCCGCGGCCGCCGAGCCGGGAUCGCGCGGCGGCCGGAGCCAUGUCGGUGAACAUGGACGAGCUGCGGCACCAGGUCAUGAUCAACCAGUUCGUGCUGGCCGCGGGCUGCGCGGCCGACCAGGCGAAGCAGCUGCUGCAGGCGGCCCACUGGCAGUUCGAGACCGCCCUGAGCACGUUUUUCCAAGAAACCAACAUUCCCAACAGCCACCACCACCACCAGAUGCAGAUGUGCACCCCAAGCAACACACCUGCCACACCGCCCAACUUCCCUGACGCACUGGCCAUGUUCUCCAAGCUUCGUGCCUCCGAGGGCUUGCAGGGCAGCAAUAGUCCCAUGACGGCCGUGGCCUGCUCCCCCCCUGCAAGCUUCAGCCCCUUCUGGGCCUCGUCCCCACCCAGCCACCAGGCCGCCUGGAUCCCGCCCUCCUCCCCCACGGCCCACAGCUUCCACCACCUCCACCACCCACAGCCCACGUGGCCCCCCGGAGCGCAGCAGGGUGGCGCCCAGCAGAAAGCCAUGGCUGCCAUGGAUGGCCAGAGAUGAGACUGGAUGCUGCCGGGCGCUGGGCUGGAGCUGGGGGCGGGGGGGCAGUCCAGGGUCGUGGGGACACAGGAGGGCCGGGGUGGGGGGAGUCGGGGCGGGUGGGGGUUUCCUGAAGAUCGCACUGGAAGAUUUUAUAAAAUAAUUUUUGUGGGUUGGGGGGGGAUAGUAAACUUCCUGAGCCACUUGGGUCCUUCAGGAGUUUCUCUUCAGACAAGUUUUUUUCUCUUUUUAAUAUAUAACUAUAAUAUAUAUGAAAAUAUAAAUAUAACUAAUGUAUG